CGCCGGCAGUUGUUGCUUGUGUGCAGUCGAGAGCUAACGCACACCAAUAAAAAUUAUCAUUAGUUUUGACGUUCACUAACCGAACCGGAGUAGUGUUUCACUACCAUACGUUUGUUACUUGAAUAAUUUUACUUUAAAUUAUUAAACCGUAUUUAUCAAAACUAGUGCCGCGCGAUAACAAUAAAGUGUUUGAGUUCGCGACAUAAUCUGUGACAAAUUCUUGGAAGUACACAACGUCGAGACGAGAGACCUUGAUAACUAGUUCCUUGGCCGAGCGAGAGCGAAGAAACAGUUCACAGUUAUUAUUAUAGGAUCAUUCAUGCUGGAGGUACGUCUAUAGUUUACAAUUUGUGAAGUAAAUCGUGUGUGUUUGCAAAUCAGUUAAUCGGAAUUAAGUUUAAAAGUGAGGUUUAGUGUUUCCAAAGUUCAUGAAAGUACUCUCUGAAAGUGGGAAGUGUUAUGUUUUAAAACGAAACGAGUUAUGACGAAGUUAAUAUAAAUGUGCGUUUUGAUAUUGUCGCGUGCGGAAGGACCGCUGUGAGGUGUCCGCGGCUCGCGGCUUAUUCGUACAGUGCCAUGGACAUCGGCGGAGAAAGCGCACUAUGUGUAGGCGGUCCCCAUAAUGAGGAACAACUGAAUAUUAGUGAUGUUUUUGAGGCGAUCACUUUGGCGGACCCGUCGUUCGACGUGGGUACAGCCGCCGGCAUAGAGGACAGCAUGGCGCGCCGCGACCAGCCCUACGUGGAGAUCGUCGAGCAGCCGGCCAGCAAGGCGCUCAGAUUUCGCUAUGAGUGUGAAGGCCGGUCAGCGGGAUCGAUUCCCGGAGUGAAUAGCACGUCAGAUAACAAGACUUACCCUACAAUUAAGAUAUGCGGAUACACAGGACAGGUGGUCAUCGUCGUGUCUUGUGUCACCAAAGAUGAACCUUACAGGGCGCACCCCCACAACCUGGUGGGUCGGGAACGCUGCGAGAGGGGAGUGUGUACCAUCCCCCUCCGCGUCACGGAGGAGACAUGUGAAUACCAGUUCAAGAACCUCGGCAUCCAGUGUGUCAAGCGACGGGAUAUCGCCGAGGCCCUCACCACCAGGGAGAAACUGAGGGUGGACCCCUUUAGAAAAAACUUCGAUCACAAAAACCAUCCCCAAAGCAUCGACCUGAACGCGGUGCGACUAUGUUUCCAAGUGUUCUUGCCGGACGAGACGGGGCGACUACGGCGCCCCCUGACGCCCGUCGUCUCCGACGUCAUCUACGACAAGAAGGCCAUGAGCGACCUGCUCAUCAUGCGGUCCAGCCAUUGUUCUGGCCCGGCUAAAGGCGGGACUCAAGUUAUCUUACUUUGUGAGAAGGUUACCCGAGAGGACAUCGAGGUAGUCUUCUAUCAGGAGGAAGACGGCAUAAUUGUCUGGGAAGAGACAGCUAUUAGGAUCCUGGUGCACAAACAAGUUGCUAUUGCUUUCGAGACGCCAGCGUACAGGAUCCCGAAUACCACUGACCAUGUUAACGUGUACUUCCAGCUGAAGAGGCUGUCGGACAACGCCCGCAGCAACUCGCUGCCGUUCGAGUACUACCCCGACUUCUCAGAGAUGAAUAUUAAGAAGCGGAAGAUGGUAAACGACUCGUUACGAAACUUCGAUAUUGAAAGAAUGUACUCGACGGUAGACCAACAAAUCAAGUCGGAGCCAAGAGACCGGACUCCGCCCCACCAUAACAUUAGCAGUCCGCCGCUGCACGGCUACGCGCCGCAAUACGAACAGAAUUGGCAAAUGGACAAUAUGCAAGGUGGACUCGGAGUGCCUGGGCCGAGCCACGGCGCAGUGCCUGGCAGCCACGGGAACCCCUUCGCGCAGGAAAUGUGGCAGAACCAGCCUUACGGCCAGGUCUCCCCCGCCCACUUACAGCCGGCCGCCAUGGCGCAGAACCUGCAAGUCUUGCAGCCCAACCUGCAGGCCAUGUCCCCCAACAUGCAGGCGAUGUCGCCCAACAUGCAGGCGAUGUCGCCCGGCAUGCAAGCCAUGUCGCCCAACAUGCAGCCCAUGUCGCCCGGCAUGCAGCCGCAGUACGUGGCGGAGCGCAUGUCCCCCAACAUGGCGGUGAUGUCCCCCCACGGACAGACCAUGUCCCCCGGCAUGCAGGGCAUGUCCCCCAUGGGCCGGGUGUCCCCCAACAUGCCCCAGAACAUGGGCCAUAUCUCGCCCAACUUGGUGCAACACCAAACCACUUAUGCGCAGCAGCAGCAAGUGGUGGUGGGUGGGACGGUGGGCAUGGAGGCGGAGACGCACAGCGCGUCGCUGAGCCACCUGCUGCUGGACCGCGGCGAGGCGGCGCAGCUCAUGCUCAACUCCAGCGAGCUGUCCGGCCUCUCCGACCUCCUCAACAACACGCAGUAGUGUCCCACCCCCAAGGGGGGGACGCCACACAAGGACAUUCAUUAUACUAAGUUCCCGAGUUACGCUGCCCGGCGCACUCUACUCUUGACUUACGAAUUUAACUCACGGACACGGACUAUUGUGUCGCACGAGUGCAUGGAUAUAUUUGUGUGUUUGUCUAUGGACACUUUUAAUUAGCAAUUAUGUCGUAGUACAUAUUACCGAUCUGGGAUUUUCGUGUAAGUAAAUCACAAUGUGAGCGCGAGUGUAACAUUGAUGGACGCAGCUUGUUCCGAAUGUUUGGUUGUCCGCGAAUAUGAUCGUACUCGAAACUAUUUACAAUGUUAAUCAUAGAAUUGGUCUUUAUUUACGUACAUCACAAUUGUUUUAAUGCUUUAUGUACUGUUACUGUUCAUACUCUGAUUGCUUUUUAUUACUGAACCGAAUACAAUUUGUAUCGCAUUUAUAUAUAUUAUAUGACAAAUAAACACCUUUUUACACUUUAAUAUAUUCCAGAUCUCUUAAUACUGUUCUAUGGUUGAUCUCUAAACAGAUUACUUUGCAUUUUGUUGGUGCUUUUGACUAACAUAACGUUUUAUUAUUCAUCAAGUGUUUGUAUGUACCCGUGGUCUAACAGAAAGUGUUCGUUUUUAUAUUCAACUAGAAAGUAAUAGACGCAACAAUACUUUUCAUUGUAUUCUUAAACAUUUAUUACGUGAUCAGACAUUGGUUUGUAAAUAUUUUUAAAUAAUUACGUUUAAUGCAACUCCGUAUAUGGAAUGUUAUAUUCUGUCUAUAUAAUAGCAUCCAAUACCGUUUCUACGUGCUAGAAACGACUAUCUGGAUACAUCUUACGACAUGGACAUGCGAAUCAAAGUAAAGUUGAAGCAUGUCAUAUGAAAUAAUUGUUUAGUGGCUAAUGACUCCAACGCUGUGGAUUUAUCAUCUUGUUACAUUUAUUUUACUUCUAUAUAACGUCUAUUUAAAUAAAUUUCCUGCAAUAUAAUAAUUAGACAAUAUUCUUUGAUAUUUUCACAAUGACUUUAGCGUUAUAAAACCCUUCGGGAAAAGUGGGAUAAAAUCUAUAUUAAAAUAUUCUUAUUUACCUAAUAUCAUCUACAUUAGGUGCUUUGAAUGAUUUAAAAGUUAUUCAGGAAAAAAAUGUUCAAUUUACAUAAUUUCAUGUUUUAAUCUUGUUUCAACAUUUCUGUAGUUAUUAUUUUGUGCCUUCGUUUAGCCUUCCUUACCUAAAUCCAUGGCGUGGAAUAAAAUAAAUGUUUAAUUAGUUGUCACAUAAGUAAUGAUGAGAUUUUAUAAAUCUUGGUUUUAUGACUUUAUUUAAAGAUUUCUUUCUCAUGUAAGAUUAGAUUUAAUUAUUAAAUUCUUAUUUUGGUUAUGAUUUGUUACCAAAUAGUUUGUAAAUAAAAGGAAAAAAGUAUUGAAUUGUUUAUGAAUUUUGUUUGUGUUGAAGUUACAUAAUUUCUGGAAUUACAGUACAGUUUGUAAAAGUACAUGAAAGGUAUAAAAUAUUAAGUGUUAACGUUGUGAGGAGAAAUCAUUGAUUUUUUUUACUAAAUAAGCCGUAACUUGUUUGCACGAAUAUCGACAUGAAACAUGUUUCCGACGCAGUUGGACGGAGUUCCGAUCAUUAGACCUUCGGUUGAGCUAAUUAUUGUUAGUGUACCAAGUAUGAGACCGCCACAGGGUCCUGCAGUAAUGAUCUAAUGUGCAAUGAUAAUAAGCAUUGAAAAUGCCAGUUUUGUUAUAUUUUUUGAGAAAAAAAUACAAUAAAAGUAUAUUAUUUAAAAAA